GCAUCUGGAUACUCCAUGCUGCUCCUGCCCUUGCUGGGGCUCCUGGGCAUGCCUGUGGCUCAUGGUGACUGUGGGCCCCCCCCUUCCAUGACCUACUCCAGGCCAUCCAUUGAGAAGCACACCAUGAGUUUCCCUACUGGAUCCAGUGUGACAUACACGUGCAUCGAAGGCACCAUCAAAAUCCCUGGGAGAUCAGACAUGGUGAAGUGCCUGCCCGGCGCACGCUGGUCCACACUGCCCGAGCCCUGCGGCCGUAAAUACCUCCUUUCUCUGAGACCCAGCUCCAAAGAGCCUCUUGCUUGGCUUCACGCUUCUGCCUCUUACAGUGGCUGCUCUGCAACGGCAUCACCACCUCUGGCAAGGUACAGACCCACUUCCCAUGGCUGCUGCAUGCUGAUGGGUGCAGGAUCCAAGCUGGUCAGUGAUGGGGUCAGUUGGAUGGUGGCUGGAGCCCACGAUGCUCCUGCGCCUCCCAAACCCUGGGUGUCAGAGGCUGCAGAGGCUGUGACUCCUUAUUUCCUACUAACAGCUUUGCCUGCGCUGUUACCACAUCUCCAUCCCUGUUUUGCCAAAGGGUGUUCAGCAGAACAGCAGCCUGGUAAGAAAGCAGCCAUAACCUGUGCUGAACACGAGGAGCUUUCCAAAAGCACCAUAGCAGGAGCAGCUCUGCACUGCCGAGGUUUAUUUUGCAUGCUUCCCCAAGGGCAGCUCUUUCAGGUCAGGUUUCCUUGACCACCAGGGAGCUG